AUGCAUCGGAUAGUUAUCGAACUUCCCAAUUUAAAGAAAAUGAAAACAAAGGAAGAAAUCACACAAAAAGACAACGAAUGUGGCGCCUACCAACAACAUUUCGGCUGUCACUCUGGCAUUCGGCUGCGGAUUGGUCUGUGGUGUGCCGUUGGCUGGGAUAUCCAAGGCCUACCCAUGGCAUGUGAAGAAAGCACAGUCGCCAAACAGCCUGACCACCUGAAGACAGACUUCCCGCAAGGCAACGGUCUCACCCAAAACGGAAAAGAGGAGCUGUUGGGCAUAAAUAAUGACCUGCAAGCCAUCGUUCACGGAAAUCAGACCCAGGCCUGCUUCCUUCUGCCGUUCCGGCCAACUGGUAUGACCUCGACGCAGUGGAAGGAGUUUUUCGUCGAGUCAGAUGUACAGGAGGUCGAGUGUUUCAUCAAAGUAACUGUCGAAAUCGCCGCGCAAACUCGAAAAGAUGUUCACCCAGAAGCCGACAGCUAA